UGCAUUGUGAGUAACCCAUUGCAAAACACAUCUUCGGUAAAUUGAUAUUUUUUGUUUCAAGGAGAAACGUGUUCCAUUCGUUUCUGCUUCGCAAUUAUUGGGAUUCCUAUUUAACUUUUAGGUCGCGGUCUCGUUAGUAUCUAGCAAUAUUGGAGAUGGUCUCGUUGGCGUUUUUAUUGUAUUGCAGUUUAUUUUGUGUGACAGAGAAUGCGACUGAAAAUUGGCAGGGAUUUAGCCAGUAUUGGAACGAAUCGAUUGAGAAAUGGAAUGGCGUAAACAGAUACUGGAAUCAGACAGAAAGUGAGAAAGAAACUGUUCAGAACAACACAACAAUCCAUGACAGUAUACUUGAAGUUGGAAUUGUUUUCGAUAAUACUUUUGUCGAUCGUUCGGGGAAGAUAACAAAAGGAAAGAUGGCAUCUGAGUUUCAGUUUCCUUACAUGGUCUCCGUCCAAUACAAAGGGUUAAUUUUUACGUACCAUGUGUGUGGUGGGGCUAUCGUUACCAGAUUUUACGUACUAACAGCUGCCCAUUGCGUUGAAGAAGAACGAGAGUACAUUGUGGAGGCGGGACUUCUUAAUUUCGAACAGAAUGACAAUGAAACCCAGCAAAGAGAGAUAGCAGAGAGGCAGUUGCACGAACAAUUUACAAAAAACCCCAGAUAUGUGCAACACGAUAUUGCUCUUCUCCGUCUGAAGUCGCCAUUUCAAUGGACCCAAUCGGUAAGACCCGUUAAACUUCCAGCGUUCUAUGCGGAAUUCGAUGGUAAAGCUGUGGUCUGUGGAUGGGGCAGAACGGAGAGGGGUGUGGAAUCAACUUGGUUGCGUUACCUUGAUGUUGACUUGCUUUCUACUGACGAAUGCAACGCAGAAAUAACUAAAGUGGGAGAUAGUUCGAGGGCGUUGGACACAAACCUGUGUUCCAGUGGUUCCUCUGGGACAUCUGCAUGUUUUGGGGAUUCCGGAAGUCCGCUCGUUCAAGAUGAUGUUCUGAUUGGUUUGGUCUCGUGGGGAAUUGGGUCUUGCGGAAAGUUGUCCGAACCAACAGUCUACACUAAAUGUUCUAAUUACAUCAACUGGAUUGAGUCACGUUUAACUUUUACCUAAGUUAAUCUUAUAGUAAUGUUUUUAUAGUUAAUUUUAUGAUUUACGUUUUAUUCUGUAUUGUAGAAUUUAUUUAUUUAUGGUCUGUUCAACGCAACGUCUAAAUAAAUACUUAGUGUAAAAUCA